AGCUCAGUAUUCGCAAGUUACAUUAAUUAUCUAGGUCCAUCUUUUUGUCGAGGUGGGCAUCAGCCAAUCAGAAAGUCUGGAUCUGCCUUCUUUGGAUGAAUGUUUUAAGUGACCAAACAUGACUUGAUAUGGAUGCAAAGCUACAACUCGGCUUAUUGAAACUUCAGACGAGUGUCCGUGUCCGAAGUUGUUGUUAUAUAUAAAAAAAAAUCUUUAUUUGAGACGGCACUUACCAAAAGAAGAAAAAAAUAGUUAAACAAUGGCCAUGAUAAAGUGCUUGUGGAUAUUAUUUACUAUUCCUUUAUUUUGUUCAGCUGCAUUAAAUCCCAAACAAGUUCGGGACAUCAAGGAAGCCAAUAACUUGCUGCGCAAGACUUUAAGUGCAUUAAAAGGAGCGCUAAACUUCUUUAGUAGACAAUACCAAAAUGUUAAUUUAGACGCUGUGAUCGGAACUAGAAUCGUUGACGGAUAUUUGAAAGUGCUGCUAAACCACAUCGACUAUGAGCAGGAGUCGUGGCCCCUUGAUGAGGACAUACUGCAGGCGAUCAGGGACGUACAGAGCAUGGCCAUGGACGUCAGCGAUAAGGCCAUUCCCUUCGUUGAGAUAACAGACCCGCCCUACUAUAGAAUGCUCGGAACACUUAUUCAGAGGGACUUUUGGGCCAUAGACUUUGCGAGCAAGGAUCUUUCCCCGAAGGAUUUCUACUCUGCGUGGCUGCCGCGGCCUGGUGAGUCUAUGGCAGAGGAGGAGUCGGACAACUGUAUCACCGAACUGCUGGGCACAGGACCGAACACAAAGGCGCGGUGCCACAUAUCGUCCGGAUGCUGGGAAAAAAUGACCAAGCUAGGCUACAGUCGCUACUCGCUUACUCACCAGACAUUCUAUCUCCUUAUCGCCUAUCAGAUGGAAUGUAGCGAGGAGAUGAACCAACAACGAACCCUGCAUAGCCAGCCGCCACCCGCCGAGCUCGUGAACCAGUUCUGUGCCUCAACCUACCUCGAGUCCAAGAGUAUCGAGGAGCAGGGAUUCCCGCAACUUAAACAGGACCUAUUCAUGGAGCAAGCUGCAUUGUGUGGGUUGGCUGGGUACCGUUGGUUUUUCUCACCCGAUUGGCUGCAGACUAUCCUCUCCUGGCAAGACAAGGAAACAGGCUGCUUCAAGGGUGCAACAAUACUCGAGAAUCAAGUCCGUAUGCGCAAGCCUGCAGGGGGCGCCCAACUUCCGGUGUCACGUGUAAAACGGGAGGAGCGGAUCUUACCGGACGGCUGCCUCUGUCACCGGACCACUGUGGCUGCAGGCGCCCUCGCUGCUUACGUCCGCUACAUAGCUGAAUACAUGCAGAUGGUAUUUCAAAGGGAACAGCUUCCGGAAUAAAUCAAACCAAUGAAUGGAUUUGUGUGUUCCUGUGUAUUUCUUAGAGAACUAUAGAAGAUAACUUAAUUGACAACAAUGAUGAUAAAAGACAUGGUGUUUUAAAACAUUCUAAAAAUGUGUUAAAUGUUAUGUAUUUAUUAAAUUAAUAAAUACAUUUAUAAAUUAAGUCAUCAGAUUGAGACCUUUUUUAAAAUGUAAACCUUAUUGUAUAUCCAAUUAUGAAUAAGAUACCUAUAAUAUAAUCUAUAAUGUUAAGAUGUGUUUCCUUGUCACUAUGGUGUUUGAAAUAGUUAAUCCGAUGCAUCUUCUUUUCAUUUUCAUAUGAUAUAAUAUCCAAUCGUUGCGUCCUAUUAUUUAAACUGCGCUACAUACUGGGCUUUCCGGUUACCUUACCCAAAAAAAAAUAAACAUGGUCGGAAUGCUUGUCUGCAUUAUAUCUUGCAUGUUUUUUAAUACGUCAAAUAUUUCCACGUCAUAAAUUCUACAUUUUUUUUCAUAUCUUGAUGAAACUUGGUCAGAAUAUUUGUCUGCAUAAUAUCCUGUUAAUCUUGUAUGACGAUAAAUAUGGAAGGUAGUUGGAAGUAUGGGAUUCGAAAUAUUCGACUAGUUGCCAGUUGAGGAUUCGGAAGAUCCACUAUAUAGUAUCCAGAUGUUGAUGUUGAUAUUUAGCUAGACAAGCAUUUCCAGUUGGUUAUUUGCAAAUAUCCUACUACCAAUCAGUUGGUAGUUGAGGAUUCAGAUUUUCGAAUGUUCAACUGGUGAAUGGAGAAAAAAAAUACUGAAAUAAAAUAGAGUUUCUCAUGAAAAAUAUGUGUCUUUAUGCAAAAAAAAACAUAUAUUUGGCGUAUGAUUUCUUCACAUGUGUACCUUUCAACCAUAAAACAAGGCGAAAUCUGAAUCCUCAAUUACUAACUUCCAACUACUGUCAUUUAUCUUAUGCCUAAAGAAGAACGUUCUCGCUGGUUAUUAGAGUGAUUUCCCUUGGUAAACAUUUUGCUCAAAAUUAAACACGUUGACAUUAUUAUCGUUGAUUGUAUAAUUAUACUGUAGAACAAAGUAAACUAAAUUGGAUAAUCAACUUUCCAUAGACGAAAUGAUAGAAACAAAAUAGCAUGUGCAUUGAAAACUGAAUGAAAAACUAUUCCUUCAUAAUCAUUCCACUAGAAAACUAGUGCGCUUUCAGAGCUAAAUCAAAUGUCCAGUUACACGGCACUUUGAGAUUAUAGUGACUGAUCAAUGCGAUAAUAAAUUGAAUGUAUACAUGGUCAAUGGCAUUGGUCAAUGUUGCAAUUGUUUUUAAAU